CAGCCAAUGAACACUGAGCGGGCGGGGUUUGCGAGCAGCUCCUUAAGAAGUGGGACUAAAAUUCAUAGCCAAAGUUUUCUGGGGCUUAGAAUCACAAGCGAGGUACUGCGAGACAUUCAGGCCGUUUAUUAAGUGUUAAGACUUAAAUGUUUUUACUCACAGAUUCCUGGACAACACUGAAGACAAGACAAACAGUUCUGUCCCCAUUUAUGCUAGAAAGGAACGUCGAUUUUCCUAUCCAUCAUUUCAUCUCCCAUGCGUGGUACUCAGAGCUGUAUUCUGGAUUACAAUUAACCACGGUGAAAGAAAGCUACACGAAGUUGUGAAUCUGUAGUGACUGUCAGCAGUUUGUGUGUACUAUACAAACUACCUGCCAAAAGUCUGAGCCAUCUGACACGGGUGUUUAUGUCAAAGAGACUUCUUGACUGUCCAUUUUUUUAAAGUUGUGAUCUUGUGAAAAGUGCAGUUCCUCUCGAUGCUGAACAUGACAGACGAACACGACAAAGCUCUGGAUAUCCCCUGCAGCCCGACGGGGACCACCAGCUCUGCCUCACACAUGGACUCCGAUUCAGAGUCUCCGGUCUCCCCAGCGGGCUCCGAAGGACAUGGUUCCCUUGGCAUGCACCCCGGGGCCACCGGCAACUUGCAGAAGGCCGACUCUGUCGAUAUGGACGACCGUUUCCCCGCUUGCAUCCGGGAAGCCGUCUCGCAAGUACUCAAAGGGUACGACUGGAGCCUCGUUCCCAUGCCGGUGCGUGGCAACGGAUCCCUGAAGGCUAAGCCUCACGUCAAGCGACCCAUGAACGCCUUCAUGGUGUGGGCGCAGGCAGCCCGGCGCAAGCUGGCAGACCAGUACCCGCACCUGCACAAUGCGGAGCUCAGCAAAACCCUCGGCAAACUCUGGCGUUUACUAAACGAAAAUGAAAAACGUCCCUUUGUAGAAGAGGCAGAAAGGUUGAGAGUGCAACACAAGAAAGAUCAUCCGGACUACAAGUAUCAGCCCAGAAGAAGAAAGAGCGUGAAAGCUGGGCAGAGUGACUCUGAUUCUGGGGCCGAGCUUAGCCAUCAUCCUGGGAAUCAAUUGUACAAGUCCGAUGCAAGCUUAGGAACCUUAGUGGACUCCCAUCAUCACCACAGCGAUCACACUGGACAAACUCAUGGACCCCCCACUCCACCUACAACUCCAAAGACAGAUGUCCAGCUCCAUAGCAGUGGCAUUGGCAACAAGCAAGAUUUAAAGCAUGAAGGGCGCCGCCUAGUGGAGUCAGGCCGUCAGAACAUUGACUUCAGCAAUGUGGACAUCACAGAGCUCAGCAGUGAGGUGAUCAGCAACAUAGAAGCAUUCGAUGUGCAUGAAUUUGACCAAUAUCUACCAUUAAAUGGUCAUGCUGUCAUCCCAGCUGAACAUGGUGCUACAUCAGGGUCUUAUGGCAGCUCAGCUUAUUCACAUUCCACUGGUGGCAGUGCCCAGAUCUGGACUCACAAAAAUGCCUCCUCAGCAACAUCCGCGUCCGUGACUGAAGUAGGCCAGCAGAGGCCACAGAUCAAAACAGAGCAGCUAAGUCCAAGCCACUACAGCGACCAGUCCCACAGCUCCCCUGCUCAUUCUGAAUACAGCACAUACAGUGCUCAAGCGUGUGCCACUACAGCUGCCUCUGCUUCUGCUGCUGCCUCCUUCUCCAGUUCCCAGUGUGACUAUACCGACCUGCAGAGCUCUAACUAUUACAACCCCUACUCAGGAUACCCAUCUAGCAUAUAUCAGUAUCCCUAUUUCCACUCAUCACGUCGUUCCUAUGCAACACCAAUUCUCAACAGCAUACCCAUUCCUCCAGCUCACAGCCCAACUGCUAAUUGGGACCAGCCUGUUUACACAACCCUCACUAGGCCAUAGAUAUCGAACUUGCUGCAUAUAAUAAAAACAACUUGUUCUAUGACAGUCUUUAAGACUUCUGAAGUCUUCCAGGCUUUAUGCACUAAAGACAGAAUGUGUGAAAUGAAGCACUGUGCCAGUUUCUCCAAGUGCCUACAGGAGUAGUGAGGGCAUCAUUAAAUGUGGAAAGACCAUCCUUUUCCUUCAGCUGCUCUAGACUUUGAGACAUUGCUUGUCUUCUGCUGUGGGAGAACUGACAUUUUGUUUGAUUAAGUGAAGGACAAAAUAACUGACUCCUCUGUGAGGACUCACUGUAAAAAGCUGAGUUUGGGAUCUUUUCAGUGGAAGUCUGAUAAUGUGUACAGGCACAAAGCUUUCAGAGUCUACUGUGAUGUACAGCUAUGGAUCAACCAUGUUAAUAAGAACUCUUUUAGGGACCAGUCCACAUACAGCUUGCUCACCUUGUUAAUUUUCACCUUAUGGAAACAAGUUGGACUUUUCCAGGACCAACUAUUUCCUGAUAAUCAUUUGUUUAACUCAGAGUUCUUCUAAGCAAGGUUUGACUCUAACUGACAUUUUGAAGUUUAUCAAUGUAUCUGAAUCUGAUAAAUGUGUAUUUAUGUUCUGUACUAUUUUUUAUCUUAAUUAAUGAAGUAAUUUGUGCAAACUGUAGAACUCAAAUUUAAUUUAGUUAAGGAUAGUCUGUGGAGAAAAUGUAAAACGUUUACUUUGGAGUUUAUCGUCCUACUUUAUGGUAAAGGAUACAGUGAUUUCAUUCUUCAGUUAGUCUUAAUGCCAGUUUAAUUAAGUGAUUGCCAAAACCUUUGAGUGCCGUUUAAUACAAAUACAAGAUAAUUUGAAGAAAUGCAAAUAAAUGAAAACUAUUCUGUCUAGUGCAUUUAAUCAAAAAAGUAGUUUAUUGAAAGAGGCUUUCCAUAUCUUGGAGAAUAAUAAUAAGUUAGUCUUGCUAUGAAAUAAGUUUCCAGUUUUCUAAGAUUUGAUAAACUUAGCGUUGACUCGAAGAUAUAAAAGCAGUGUAUAUGUAUGCACAUGGGUGGCUAUAGCCUCCAUGCAGAAGUUUCCCCACAAAAAGAAGUGUAAUAUUUGCAUAUUCUUUCACAUUGUGCUUUUCAAUUAAAUAUGUUGACAAACAUAUUUCACUGAGCUAUUUCCAUCAAACUCUGUGUCACAUGUAAAACAGCUGUUGGUUAUGGAGAAACACAUUUUUAAGUAUAAAAUAUACACAUGCACAGAAUUAGGAUGCAGCAUUUACUGUGCUUCAGUUAAUCAGUUUUUUUUUGAGUGACAUGUCAGCUGCAUUCUAUGGUACUAAACAAGAUGACAAGAUUUGCUUCAUGGUAUACUGUUAUGAAAUGUAGGAACCAUUUAAGAGCACAAGCAAUCAUUUCUGUACUGAAUUCACUGAACAAAUUGUGGUUUGUUUUGAAUUUCAUGUCAGCUUCAGCUGUUGGGGGCCAGUUGUUACCUACCAAGCUGUGAAUAUAACAUUUUCUCCACUGCAGUUUAGACAGAGUUAGGCUGAUAAUCGUGUGCCAUUUCCUACCUUUUUUCUAUUGUAUGCUGUGCAUAUGAUAACUCUGACCUUUUAAUGCUGACUUGUGCCUUUAAAAUGUAUAUCUCAAAUGAGCUUUAGAUGUUUCAGUCCUUUUCCCUCUUUUACUCUUUUUAUCUUUUUCUAAGACUAUUUUUGGCAGAUGUCUAUUGAAGAUGACAAAUGUUUUUAUGCAGUCUAUUUUUCUGUAUAAAGUUUGAAAGAAGUUAUAUUUAGCUUUCAUUGUUUACCAUAGUUUCCUUUUAAGCAAUGCUAACUUUUGUACAAAUCUGUUAAAAUUAAAUACAGCUUUUUCUCAUCCCA